AAAGGAUAGAGCCAUACAGAGUUGGAAGGAAAAGGAAAAUAGGCAGUGAGUGAGAUAAAGAAGGAGACUUUCCUUUGUUUAGACAACUGAGUCUACUCGGACGAGUCUUUCCCUUGUUUUUUUGCACUUACCUUUAAAUUCUUCCUCUUUCUUCACCGAUUCUAAAAUCAACUCCUCCAAUUUAUUUUCUUGAAACUUUAAAUUUGCGGAUAAUCGGAGAUUUCUAUGUGCCCUUUAUUCGGAUCUUAACAGCCGGUUUUUUAGGGGAUUUCUACUGUUUGUGGACACCUUAUUGGAUGUAGUACAAGGAUAGAUCUUCAUUUUGGUCUGCCGGUUCUGUCAAUUGGGUUAUGUUCUUCUAUUUCUCUGAUUUAGUUUUUGUGUUGGGGUUUUAGUUUUGGUUUCAUUGAUUGAUGAUUGUUGGUGAAUUAGAGUUUUCCGUUGUUCAUUUGCGAUUGGGUUCCCAGUUUGGGGUCUUCUUGGAGGGGAAGAAGCUCUCUUCUAGUGUUGCUUCUGCCUCCAACUGCCACGAAACCGGUGAUCGGUUUUUGUAGACAUUUUAUGUCUCGCAAGUUGGACAGUCUUGUUCAAACUCAGAUGGCAGUGGCAGUGUUCAAAAGUCCUCUUAGAGGGGAAUAUCCUAGGAACAAUAGAAUGGAAGGGAAACAACCUGUUGGGAGGAGACGGGUUUUUGUGCAAACAGAGACCGGUUGUGUAUUGGGCAUGGAGUUGGAUCGCAGUGACAGUGCUCAUACAGUUAAAAGAAGGUUGCAGGUUGCCCUCAAUUUCCCUGCCGAGCAAAGCUCGCUGACUUUUGGGGAUGUGGAGUUGAAGAAUGAUCUUAGUGCCAUUCGGAACGACUCUCCGCUUCUCUUAACAAGGAACUAUCUACACAGAAGCUCCUCUACUCCCUGUCUUUCGCCUACCGGAAAAGAUCUUCAGCAGAGAGAUAAAAGUGGUCCUAUUGAGAUACUGGGACAUUCUGAUAGCUUUAACGUAUUAAAAGUUGUGGUGAAGGACAUUGUUAAGGCAAUUAAGAUGGGUGUUGAUCCAGUUCCUGUUCAUAGUGGUCUGGGGGGUGCCUACUACUUUAGGAAUCCUAGAGGUGAGAAUGUUGCUAUUGUGAAGCCGACAGAUGAAGAACCUUUUGCACCAAACAAUCCAAAAGGCUUUGUUGGUAAAGCCCUUGGUCAACCAGGUUUGAAACGUUCGGUUCGUGUGGGGGAGACUGGUUUCAGAGAAGUUGUUGCCUACCUUCUGGACCAUGAUCAUUUUGCCAAUGUGCCACCAACCGCGCUGGUGAAGAUUACUCACUCAGUCUUCAACGUUAAUGAUGGUGUGAAUAGAAAUAGGCCUCACAAGAAUCUGGUUAGCAAGAUUGCAUCGUGCCAACAGUUUAUUCGGCAUGAUUUUGAUGCUAGUGAUCAUGGAACUUCAAGCUUCCCUGUUUCUUCUGUGCACCGCAUAGGAAUACUUGAUAUACGUAUAUUCAACACGGACAGGCAUGCAGGAAAUCUUUUAGUGAGAAAGCUUGAUGGUAUUGGAAGGUUUGGUCAGAUGGAACUCAUUCCUAUUGAUCACGGCCUUUGCUUGCCAGAAACUUUGGAGGAUCCAUACUUUGAGUGGAUUCAUUGGCCUCAGGCUUCAAUUCCUUUCUCCGAGGAUGAACUUGAGUAUAUACAGAAGCUUGAUCCUAUGAAGGAUUGUGAGAUGCUGCGAAGGGAACUCCCCAUGAUUCGGGAGGCUUGCCUACGCGUUUUGGUACUCUGCACUAUUUUCCUCAAGGAAGCUGCUGCUUUUGGUCUCUGUCUUGCUGAAAUUGGUGAGAUGAUGAGUAGAGAAUUCCGGGCUGGAGAGGAGGAACCUAGUGAGCUAGAAGUUAUUUGUCUUGAGGCAAGGAGGUUGAUAGCAGAGAGGGAGCUGUCAUCCCCUAAGUCUGAUGUGCGAGAUGCAGAGUUCCAAUUUGAUAUCGACUUUGAGGAACCAGAGUUAGACUUAAACCCGAAAAUGGCUACAGAUGAUUUUAUGAGCAGAGCACCAUUCCAAUUGGGAAAUGGAUUUGUAAGUAAUCAUUUUCCACUUUCAAAGCUGGAGGAAUGCUUCGAGGAAGACGAAGAAGAAAGUGAAGAAGAAACCGAGCAGCCAUGUUUUUCCACUUUCAAAGCUCUUGAAAGGAUCCCAUCCACUUCAAAGCUGUCAAUGUCAUUCAAAAAUACCAGCUUAGGUGACAAGAGCCAGAAGUAUUCAAAAUUUUCUGGAACAAAGCAAGAAAAUGGUUACCUUAAUAACUCAUCUGGGCAUAGGAGUGCAAAUGAGCAGCUCCCAGGAAAUGUGAGCUUUGUGAAGCUGGCUGACAUGAAUGAGGAGGAAUGGACUCUUUUCCUAGAGAAGUUCCAGGAGUUGCUCUACCCGGGAUUUGAAAAACGAAAAUCGGUUACUUUAGGUCAGAAGCAGAUACAGAGGCUCGGUACUUCGUGCCAGUUUUGAUAUCGAGAUAUCUGUAUAUCGAUACCAGAUAGUCGAAAUGAGUUUUAGGAUUGUUUGCACUUGGUUCUGAAGGACUGUUAGGAGAGAGUUGAGUAAUAUGGGUUUGGCCCCGGGAAUUGUUGUAGUUUGGGAGCAGCAUUACGAGGAAUUGAUGUAAAUAUUCUUUGGCUUCAUUUCAGCUAAGUAGAAUUGGUUUUAUUUCUUCUUUUAAGGUCUUUGAUUUUGUUUUUUGUUUUUUGUUUCCUUUUUCUUUCACUUGAAUCACCUUCUUAUGGACCUUGUUUGAUAAAUAAUAUAUAAAAAGGGGGAGCAUUUAUGUAAAUAAAGAAUAGUUCAAUAUUUGUGUUUCAGAAA